CCUCACCAUUCCAUUUUUCCAUGUUCAUCAUUCUUCUUUGCUAGCUCUCUAUUCGUAUUUCUUGUAGGUUUUGGUAUUGAAACGUUUUCACUACCACGGGUAGAUAGGAGAAUUCUUGUGAGUGAAAUAGUGAGGUUGUUCCGGGAAACACCGAGUGUUCUAUUUCCUUGUAUCUUGAAAUUCUCUGUAACCUACUGUUUCAAUAGUGAAGAAAUACUCUGGAGCUGUUGUUCCCAUGGACUGGCCCUAAAUCAGGGUAUACCACGUAAAUCCUCUGUGCCAAUUAUUAUUGUCUAUGCUUGUUGUCAUUUUGAGAAUAGUCGUAGUAUAUUGCGUUAUUAAAUUACCGAAGUAAAUUGAUCUAAGUAAGUUGGUUACCGUAAUUCUGGAGGCUCUGCCACCAGGUCCAACUUACCUGUGAACUUUUUACAAGCGUGUGAUUUUUUAAUCCAAUAUAUUUAUCCGCUAUUCUCACCCGCUGCGCCCAACAAAAAUAACCCACUUCUCUCUUUAAGAAGAAGCGAGGCAGAAGAUUACCUAUGGGUCUGUAGGGGCGUCCCGGCAGUGACGAUGACGGUGGCGAGGUGGCAGAGGUGGUUUAGGGGUGCAACGACGGUGAUAUCGAGCAGAGUCGGGGGUGAGAGCACAACGACGAUGGCGGUGAUGGAGAUGGUAACAAAGCCCUAUGAUGACCUGGAGCUACCUCUACCUGGCGUCAACGAGAUCGACGAUGAUGGCAGAUCGAUAGCAACAACGAGGCUAGUAAUCUAUAGAGAGAUGACAGGUGUCAAAUACUGGAGCGGCGGCGAGACUUUAUGGAUUUCGCGAUUGCGUUGCUGAGGAGAUAUGCGGGAGGUGGAGGAGAUUCAAUGGGCUUUCAUUUGGGAGCCAUCGAGAAGAAGAAAAAAAAUGUUAUUCUUUGUGUUUGUUUGAUUUCGGCCGACAUUUUCUCUUCCUGCCUCUCUCUCUCACGGUCGAUGAAGUGGAAGAAAAAAGCAAUGCUCUCUCUGUUUGGUUUGUUAUUCAGUUUGGUUUCACCAUUCAUCCUCUUAGACUCUUAGUACUCAUGGAAACAUAUGGGUCUGAAUUGAUUUUGUCUUGGUGUUACAUUGAUUAUUUGCAGCUACUACUCUCGAUGUACAUGCAUCAUACACCUAUCAUGAAUCCAAUAAGAUGGAGUUGUUUCCAACAUGCCCUUGGAUUAGUACCAAUGUAACUAUCUGUAUCUAUAUGCACAAUCAACAGCUAUAAACACCAGUGGACUUGCAGUGAAACUUCACAUUCUAUGUCACAUAAACCCAAACUUGCCUUCUCCUUAUUCAUUUUCUUGUAGAGCAUGUAUCAUAAUCUUUUUAUGUUUAGACUUGCUUAUUUUGGGUGUUCUUUACUGUUUAUGUAGUGUAGGUGCAAAGUAUUUGAUUUAGUUUAAUUAUAUUUUAGAAUGAAUUGCUUAUUUAACUGAUUCCAUACCUAAUUCAACCAUCCAUUUGUAUCCUAAUGGAAUUCGUUUAGCAGGAGUAUUGUUGCUGAUAUACAGUUUUCGUAUGCUGAAUCGAUCAAGCUAUUUUAGAGGUUUCAUAGAUAGUCCAGCUGGCAGGGGAACUUCAAAUGGCAAUUACUUUUGUGAUUGGAAAGGAAUACCAUAACCGAAAUUUGGGUUAGUUUCUCAUCUCUUGAUGUUUAUGUUCUCUCUUUAAAAACUACUCAUUGGUUUGAUCCUCAUAUCUCACUCUCAAUUUGAUUUCUCCCUGGCAUGACUAGAUUAGUUAUUUUGCCUAUCUGUGUGUUCUUUACUUGGCCGUUUGGUUGUUCUUUUUUUGGUGGUGAUGGUUUAGGUUGUCGUUAACUAAGCAAGGCUACUAAACAUGUAGAUCGAGAUGGAGGAAUCAACUCAGAAGAAACAAACUAGGGUUGAGUUACAACGAGAUCAAACGUGAACUUAAGUUUCGUCCUGCAAAUUGUUAUAUUUUUACCUUGGUAUGAACUUCUGUUGGUAUCUACGACACUUGGGUUAUAAAUUUACUCAUGUGAGAAUCUUGAAAAAUAUUGAUGACAAGGUCACAUUUUCUUUUUGAAGUUAGUUGCGGAUACUUUUGAGUGGAAGUUAAUUUGAGCUGCAAAAUCGCAGUUGCAAAUUGCAAUGUCAUGUUUGGAGUUUCAUGCUUGAGCAUGGACUUUAUAUUGGUCAUAUAUACAUGUAAUGGUGUUGUGGUUCUUGAUUGAACAUGAUACAUUUUGGCACAACUUGCUUUGAUCGGAACCCUAUUACAUAGUGGAUUAUCUUCUACCUCCUUUAUUAACCAUUGGUGUUCACUGGAUUCAAUAUGCAGUAGGGGGUGGCAGUCGGUCAGUUUUGGUUUAACCAAAAAUCGAAAACUCGGUUAUCGGUUAAACCGAGCCACCCCCUAUAGUUUCCGACCACCAACCGUGAGGGAGGUCACAGUUACACGGCCAACCGACCGGUCGGUUUCGAUUUUAGGAUCGGUUAGCCGGCCAACCGAAAAAACCUUCCUUCUCUCCAAAAGAAACACUAAAAAUUAAUUAAAAAAAAUCUCCACCACUCAAUCGGUCAAUCCUUAUCUCCUUCUCUCUCCUUCCUCCACCAACCCACCAGACCACUUCUCUUCUCUCUCCCCCAAUCAAUUUCGUUCCCCUUCUUCUCUCCCAAAAACCUCUCUUCCAAAAAUCUCUCCCAAAAUUAAUUCCCCUUUAGUCUUCUUCUCUCGUUCUUCUUUCUUCCAAAAAUCUCUCCCAAAAUUCAUUCCCCUUCGGCCUACUUCUCUUUGCCAAAAAAUCUUCCCAACUUUUCUUCUUCCCCUCCUCUCACCGAUCUGCCUCUCUCGUUCUCUCAUGGCCUCGAUCGGUUUGCUAGCGGCGGGGGUGGUGGCCGGCGCGAUCGAGAAGUGGGAAUCGGGGAGCGGACGGCGACUUAGGAAGGAGAGCUGGGAACGGAGGCGGCGGCAGCUCGCUGUGGCGGCGACAUUGGGCAGCGAGGGAAGCCGGAGGUUUCUGUGUGGUGGGGUGGUGGAUUAGGCGCGGAGCGGAGACCAGUUAAUUUUGGAUAGCCGGUUAACGCCGGUUAAUCACCGUCAGUUAGUCGGCUAUGCGAAAACUCCCUCUGACUCUCUGACCACCGACCGACCUUAAUAACCGUCGAUUUUCGGUUAGCUACUAACCGACGGUUUUUGGUUAAAACUGGCGGUUAGCCGCGAACCGGAGACCGAAUUGCCACCCUAAUCUGCAACAUGGUGCUGUUGGUUUUAAGCCUUCUAACUUGGUUUCUGAAGCUGUUAUUGUGU